GCUCAGGGCUAAUCUUCCUCAAAAAAAAGAAAAGAAAAAGAAAGAUCACUAACAAUAGCCUCCAGGCAACUGAAGAGGAGAAAAGCCAGUAUCUCCUGAGUUUUUAUAAUUGUUAAUAACAAUUAAAGGACAAUAAUAACUGUGACCAUUUAUUAAACACCUACUUUGUGCCAGGCACUGUAACAGCUUCUUUCUAUUCGUCUUCACAGUACUCCUGCAAAUAGGUGUUAUUAGUUUCCAUUUCAUAGAUGAAGAAACUGAGGCUCAUAAAGGUUGAGGGAUUUGCCUAAGGACAGUCAUUCAUUCAGCAGGUGUUUCUGGAAAGCCCACAGUACCAGGCACUGUGCUAGGCCCUGGGGAUUCAACGCUGAACAAGAUGGACUGGCCCCUGUGCUCAGAGCUGACAGCUGGUCUAGGAGGAUGAACCAUUAAUCAAGAGUGAUUGCAACAGACUGGGAUAAGUGUGUUGCUAGAGAGGAACAGGGAGGUACAGGAACCCAGAGCUGGGCCCCCUAACCUGGUGUUGAGGGGUUGGGGAAGGCUUCCUGGAAGAAGGGGUAUUUAAACUAAGACCUGCAGGAUGAAGAGGAACUGGCUCUUUCAUACAUUUGAAGGAGGAACUUUGUACUCUAACCAUUGUACUCAGUCAUGGGUGUGCCUGAAUUAUCUUUUGAUCACUUUACACCCCUCUUCCAAGUGCCUUCAGGCAUCCUUUAAAGUCCUCCCAGAAGAAUUCUUGGGAGGUCACGCCACCUCAUUUCUUCUUUUGUCCUCCUGUUCCACACACAUUUCUGCAGAGGUGUCUGAGGAGGGCCCCACUUUCCCGUUCCCAGGCUGGCCACUGGCCCAGGCCUGACCACAGCUCCUGCAGCCCAGCCCUGCAGAGGGCAAACCAGCAGUGCCCCUCCCCGAAGGUGCUGCCAAGCAAGGUGGCUGGCUCCACCAUGCCUGGCUUCCUUGGCAUCUGAGUAGAAACACAGCAGUGACUUGACCUUGGCCCGUGGCCAUUCAGAAGAGGGCAGCUUUCCAACAAGGGCGGCUCUGCUUAUGGUAGAAAGAUCCCAGGAGGAAUUCCACAGGGAGAAAUUUCAGAUCACCCAGUCUCUUGCCAUGCUUCCACAAGGAGUCACAGAUUUACAAAUGCUCAGUCCCAUUCUACACCGCUAUGUGAUUUGCAAGAACCAGCCUCCUCCACCCGACACUCCAGCUCUUGGUUUCAGAUCUAUUGCUUCAAUCCCUGGUGCAAGUCUAGCUUCUGCUUCCAUACCCCUGGGGAUGGGGAGCUUACUACCUCAGUAAACCACUCAGUGCAUCCUCAAAGAAUUCUCAUUAAUAAUAGGUGGUAUUUAUUGAGUGAUCACCAAGUGUUAGAAACUGCGAUAAACUCCUUACCUGUAUUGCCUCACAUAAACUUCGUUCUGCUACAGGAGGUGGGCACAGCACUAUUCAAGUAUACUUAUUUCAUAGGUACGGUAAUUGAGACUGAAAGAAACUAAUUUACCCUAGAUCACACAGCUGUUACUGGCACACCUAAAUUUUGAACACGAGUCUGUCUGAUUCCGGAGUCCAUGAAUGCAUCCAGUAUACACACUCUGCCUCAAUUGUGUUCACCAGACUCUGUAUCCUUUUAAUCUUUACUCACUGGUCCUCAUUCUGGCAAUGACUGGGUGUCUUUAUUCUCCAAGAUGAGAAGUUCUGCAGCAGACACUGCUCUCUGCCUGGCAGAAGUGGUGUUAGCAGUGUUGGAGAAGGAGAGGAGGGGCCGGCCCACAGGGAUCCUGGGAGCAUCCUCAGUGCCCCCUGUGCCCUAAAGUCUUUCAGAAACAUAACUACUGAAGCUCUAAAAGUGUGGUCCUGGGACCAGCAGCAGCAUUACCUAGAACUUAGAAAUGCACACUCUGGGGCCUCCCUACUGAAUGAGACACUGGGGAUGGUGCCCAGCAAGUGUGUUUUAACAAGCCCUCCAGGUAAUUCUAAUGGAGCUAAAUGUUGGGGACCACUGCGGUAGAGCACUGGAGAGGGUGGAGGGGGCACGUGGAAUUACUUAACUCCCUGUUCUUACCCCCUAACACCAAAGCAUCACUAGAAAUAGGACCAGAUACAAUGCAAUUUGAGGGAUGCCAGAAAGAGUCUAUUUCCCCCAAAUAUCUGAAGGGCCGGCCCUGGUGCCUCAGACAUUCCUCUCCAGCGGCCCUUCGUGCCUUUGGCUUUAGGCUUUGUUAAAGUGCCCCUGUGAAGGGGUUAUGGGCUUUGGCUGCCCAUAAUGAGUGGACUCACUUAUUGGUGAUCAAUCUUGGUUGCACACUAGAAUCACUUGGGGGCUUUUAAAAUUUGCAGAGGCCUUGGGCCCACCCCCAAAGAUUCUGAAUUCGUGAGUCUGGCGUACGAUUUUUAAAAGCUUCCCCAAAUGGUCUAAUGUUCAGUCAAGGACCGACAAUAACGAGAUUGGUCCACCUUGGUCCAAUCAGCUGUGGCCAGGAAGCUGAGCACUAAGGCCCUCUCUGCAGGGGCUCUGAGAAGAGAUUGGGCGCAGCUGGUCAGGAGCCAAAUUAACCAAUAAUGGACUUCCACAUGGAGCAUGGGCCAUGCAUUGGUGUUGGAGCUUGGUAAAUGUUAGUCUCAUAGCUUCCUGUCCCAAAUGGAAUGGAAGGAGACUGGAUUGAUUCCUCAUGGCCUGGAAUCAUGGCUUCCUCUGGGUGAGAAAUCAGGGAAGGGAGCGCCUAUGUCACUUGGAAUUGUUCCCAGCUGUCAAGCUUUCUCACCCAUGUUUUGUGGUUUGUUUUUUUAUUGAAUCAUUGACAGUCAAGCUGUGACAAUACCUAAUUACAAAUGAGGAAAUGUUGGGUCAGAGAAGUGACGGGAUUUGUGCAGUCACCCAGCUAGGGUGUGGUGUGGUCAAAACAGAACCUGGGUCUUUUGAUUCCACAGACUGUGCAUGGGGUGGCCUUCCCAGGGCUUCCCCAGCCGGCAUCUUGGGCUCUUCUGCCACCCUCUGCCCCCACAGGCAAGUGUGUCUUCUCUACAUCUGGGGAGAGGGGUGGAGCUGACUUCUUACGCAGCCUGCGGAGUUUUCACUCUACCGUGACAGAAGGAGCUGGGAAGAACACUGGGUGAGUGUGGGGGCCCAGAAGCCACAAGUGUGUUUCAAGCAGAAGAGAGUGCUCAGCAGUGUCCCAGGAGGAGAAGGUCAUCUGCUGAGAGGAGGAAUUUGGAGUCCAAAGAGAUUGGAAGGACCCGGCCGUAGUAAUCAUGGAAAAAGAAAGGGUAAAUUCAUGUGAAAAACAUAGUAAGAUUGGCGGUUUUGGAAGGCCCUCUUGAAUCUGGUGAUCUUGCAUAUACACUGGAAACAAUGUAUUUUGUUGUUCUGGAGAGCGUCUGCUCUGCGACUUUCUCCUAUAGUGCUGACUGCUCAGGUUGGAGCAGAGACGAAGCAGAGAGUUGUUGAUCCAAGGCUAGGGUUUUGCCCACCAGAUAUGAUGAAAAGACAGAGAGCACUGCUGUCCAAUAGGAAUAUAAUGCAAGGUCAGGGUGUGUCACUGUACAUUCCCCAGUCUGCCAUCAAUGCCACGGUGGAAGAAGAUAUCCUGCUCUCUGUUGAAUACUCCUGCCAUGGCGUCCCCACCAUCGAAUGGAGGUAUACAUCCAACUGGGGAGUGCAGAAGAUCGUGGAGUGGAAGCCAGGGACUCAGGCCAACAUCUCCCAAAGCCACAAGGACAGAGUCUGCACCUUCGACAACGGCUCCAUCCAGCUCUUCAGUGUGGGUGUGAGGGAUUCUGGCUACUACGUCAUCACAGUGACAGAGAGCCUGGGGAGCAGCCAGUUUGGCACCAUUGUGCUGCAUGUGUCGGAGAUCCUCUAUGAAGACCUCCACUUUGUCGCUGUCUUCCUUGCUUUUCUCACUGCUGUGGCCGCCAUGCUAAUCAGCCUCAUGUGGGUUUGUAACAAGUGUGCGUACAAAUUCCAGAGGAAGAGAAGACACAAGCUCAAAGAAAGCACAACGGAGGAGAUUGAGCUGCAAGAUGUUGAGUGUUAGCCAAGGCUGGGCCCAAUUACAUUCCUACCUCAAGAGGAAAACAUUUUCCAAUGGAAGGAGGAAACACAGUCCACUCUAGAGCCUCCUGUUGCCCCGCCACAGCCACCCAUUCCUAAUAGGGCAGCUGGACGUUGACAGAAUUGACUGUGUGGAGUCGAGGACUCUGGAUUGGACAAAGUCAGUUCUCAUACUUGCACGAAGUUCAAGGGGAAGAGUGCUUGAGGCUUUGAGCCAGAGCUUUGCUGGGCUGCAGUUUCCAGUCAUGUUGAGCCAUUCCAAUGGCAUACUGCAGGCACUGGCUGCUUGCUCGCUAUGCUCUCUCGGGCUUAGGGGAUGCCAUUGGAGGAGUCCCCAUAUCAGAGGCCAGAGUAUCUCCAGAUCAAGUGUGCAGCCAGCACUGGAACAGCUCUCCGGGCUCCUGUCUGCUCUGCUUGUGCCCUCCAACCCUCUGCUUCAUGGGUUGAAGAGAGCUGCCAUGAGAAAACCUGAGGAUUUUAGACAAUCUGCUGCCUAAGCAGCAGAGGUGGAAAAGGACUGUGAUCCACGCUGCUGUGCUGCAGUGAGUUGCUCAGAGCAGGGAGAGGACGCCCCACGGCCUGGAGCUUUAGGGAGAGGAACUUAAUUUGUUCCUGAAGGACCAGCAUUGGGAAGCAGGAAUAGGGAGAAAAUUACCUUUCUUUUCCUCUUAUUCCAACGUUAAUUGGAUUUUCCCUCCUAUGGCCCCAACUUAGGCCAGUAUGAGGAAAAUAACAGUUCAUCUCCACUAUGGCAUCUGGCCUGCAAAUGGCCCCCUGACAAGCUCGGUAACGCUACCUGUGUGAAAGCUGAGACCGCACAAUGGGAGGUACAACUGGAAAGUCAGUCAGCUCAGGCUUUGAAUCUGUCCCCCUCAGUCACUAACACUUCACGUCUCAAGUCAGGCCCUUGCUCUUUCCCAACCAGGCUAAGGAGCACUUGGCGCUUACCUACCUCACAGUCAGGGUAUCGAGUGAAGUCCACAGUAGCAUGGAGCUCUCUGAGCGAUUUAAGAAAAGCAUGAGGAUUCUUCAAGAACUUGGAAAGCAAUAGUGCUAUAUUAUUAGAGUAUUGGAAAUCGAUAAAAUGCCAUGAGGUAUUGGGGCUCCAGGUGAAACUGCGGAACUAGAUCACAGCUGACCUUUGUCCUUAGUCUCCCAAUUUAUUGGUCACUGUGUUUGCCUGAGUUUCUCCCAAGUUCCACUGGCAAGCUCUAAAGCAGGCAUGAGUUUAUUUUCUGUUAUCUUUACUCUCUCUAACAUUCUUAGCUAGAGACCAAAGGGAUCACCCUGAUUAUUGAUGGAAGCUGAGGUUCUUAGCUGUGUCCCCAGCCCUCAGCUGCAAAUUCACCCAAGCAAACAGGAAGGAGAGCUAGAACAUUCCUUCUCUUCUCCCUCCCUUCGGAGUCUCCAAUGUCCACAUUUCUUCUACUUCCCACGUGGCAGUUAAGGCAUUGCCUGGAGGCCUUUCCCUAAAUAAUGAAUCCAGAGUUGCAGGAAGGGACUUUCGGAGUACUCAGACAGGAGCACUCAGUGAUCUAGGGAAGGGCUCUGAAGGCACUACUUUGACUCCAAAGGCAAGAGAGCAGUUGGUCUGAACAAGUGACUUGUAGCUCUAGCACCUGACACAUGGAAAGUUUGCCCCCCGCCGGGCCAUCUCCUUACAUACAUGUGUAAACAUGCACACCUGUGCCCUUUCCCCAUGGGGCAGUCAGAGGAACCAGGCCUGUGCCAGGACAGGUUCCUUGUACCGGUGUCUGGUGCCAUGCGGCAACAGCGGCAGCAGUACCAGAGAGAAAGCAGGGGGCGUCUAGAACAAUUUGAUUCUUUCUUCUCUUUCACAGAAAGCCCAUCAGCAGGAAACUGGCUAGGACCUGGGUAGCUGCUGGAGUCUGUGUAUCUUCUCUCAUACGACCUGCUUUCCAGAACUCUACCUCUCAGCUGGUCAGAAGUCAGGGUGGUAAUUGUCAAUCAUAAAAGGAGGAAUGGAAAAGAAUACCCGAUGGGAGGCCUCCGUGGGCAAACCCAGAGAUGUAUUGCCCCCUCAUGAAUUGCCCCCCAAAAAUUCUCUCAGCUUUCCAUUUCCUUAUUUUUCACGUUUAAAGCUCCCUCCAUCCCGAACAUUCCUCUGGAAAGUUUCUGAUUCCAGAGCCUGAGGUUUUUGUCUUAUUUUUCAGAAAAGGAAAUAUGAAAUCAUGGAGGUUGGCCACUGUAAAUGUUAAGCUGUAAGUUGUGUUUCAAACUGUGAAAAAUAAUUGUUUUGAAGAAUGAAAUAAAACCUGAAAAUAAAACCCUGCUUCACUGUGUGUGAACCCACCCCUGCCAAGAACUCAGAGGCCCUGGGUGAGGUUUCCAGCAGCUGUCACAUAAGCAAACCCUCAGCCGCAGUUGGGGGUCUGGCACAUUUUUUAAAUGAAAAUGGAAUUAAUCACAUUGUUUCUAAUCAUAAACAUUCUUUAGCAAUUCAGAAAAACAUCUAAUUAGCCCAUCAUUCUCUCCUGUAUAGUAACCUAAAGACUAAUGUGAAGUUUUUGCUUCCAGAAUACUAAUUGUAAUACAAUCCUUUCUGCUUCUGGAGAGGCUGAAUUGUACCAGAACAUACAUGCUUUGUCCACAGAGUAUCCUUUCAGAGAUCAUGAUCUAAGAAACCAAAAAGGUGUAUAUUGUACUUUCUCAUUUUGUGCUGUUUUGUGUAUGUGAGGAGAGCUGAAACAGAGAACCCCCAUCCUCUGAAGCCCACGGGAGAUGGUAGACAGCUGGCAGCACUUCACACUCACUCUGAUUAGAAAUCAUACCACACGAAGGUGAGGAGCAAAGGCAGUGAGAGGUAAGAGGGGUUCUCAGGAUAUCUUGCUCAGCGGGGAAUGCAGAUAAGCCCUGCAGGAGGAUGCAAUUCACAAGGGCCAGAUAACUGACAUGGGUAGAGAAAAGGUGGCACAAUAGGAUGCUGGGAGAUGAAACCAAGAUGGAGGAACCAAAUACGAAACCCCAGGGAUGACUCCAAGGCAGUCUCCUUGACAACUCCAGAGGGAUACUGGGAGAAAAGGAAACCCUCUGUCAUCAGCUUUUAUAUACCCAGCACAGGUUUCUGCCCAGUUUCCAGGGAAGCAUCAGACACCUCUCUAGUUUACCGAAAGCAGAGUAAAUCCCUGAGGCUGUUGUUAGCAUGUGCAUCCACAGCUCAACUUUCACUAAAGAAUUGUGUGAGUUGCCAGUAUGUGUGCCUCUUUGCACGCCCAAACCCGUUCCAGCUGUCAGCUUUUCCAGUCCUUGAGACCAUGCUUACUGAGUUCACUAUUUCCACUGUCUUUUAAAAAUUAGGUGGGUGGUUUUGGUUGGGAUUAAUUACAAAUGUGAUAAAUCCUUCUUUAAAAUUAAAAUGAUAUUGAAGUUUAUAUACAAAGUAAAAAUUCUCUCUCCAACCCAACUUUCCAGAGGGAACAAUAGUUAAAUUUGGUGUAUAUUCUUCUGGACUUGCAUAUGCAUAUAUGAACAUAUCUGUCUAUAUAUACACACACCACAAUACACAUACUUAAUCUAUUUUCUUCUUAGGCAAAUAGGAUUCUAUUAUACAUAUUACCCUACAACUUGCUUGUUUUCUCUUAAUGUUUCUUGG